ACAGCCGGCGUAAACCAUGGUCUCCCCUGACAUCCGUCAACGCAAACCGGGCCUUGCGGCAUCUGAGGCGGACGACGUGGUCAUGGACGAUGGAGAGAGCGAAGAGGAGGUGGAGUACGAAGACGAGCCAGACGAACACGAGAUGAGUGCGUUGGAUUAUUUGCACUCACAGGGAUUAUCCUUGAAGUCACUGAAAGAUCCUUCCAAGGCCAAGACGGGAGCCACAUGUCGUGCCGAGGGAAGCAGCAGGGACAAGGACGGCGGACAGAAAGAGGUUGCGGCAAAUGUCAAAGCCGCAAUGAAAGCACGAAGGAAAAUGGCUCUGGCGGAAGAGAAUGAGAAGCAGGCUAAAAAAGAAGGGGGAAUAAAGUGGAUGCCGCUCCUCUUUCUGCUGUUCAUGAUGGGGCCUGCGAUCUUCACGGCGUUUGACUACCUGUUCCAGCUUCCUAUGUUUGCUCGCUUUCAUCGCAAACCAGACAUGCGUCAGUGUUUAACCAAUUACUACCGCAAGGUGAGCCCCGACCGCUUGAGCGAAGUGAAUGUGGACGAUAUUUUGCGAAAAUACAAGGGGCGAGAAUCCACGAUGAUCAGGAAUUUGGAAAACCGCUAUCGCCGGAAAUGGCAGUGUCCUUGAAAAGAAGCGCGGAGAAGCAGACAAAUAGGGGUGGGAAGGGAAGAAAACAGAGCGGCGAGAAAUGUGUGUUUUCUCUUUCUUCUCCAACUUCUUCUUUCUUGUUUGUACACAAAUUCAAAUCUGCUGGACGAAUGUGUGGGCUUUGGAACAUAAGACAUGACGGGCUGCAAGAGAGCGCAGUUUAGGAUUUGAGCAAUCAUUAAAUUCGAAGAGCAGAAAACUCAAUCAUGGUCCGGCAUUUAUG